UUCCUGACCCUCAGCCGGGAGCAGCCGCCUUCCCCAGAGCUUCCCCGCGGCGGAGCGCAGCCUUGCAGGAGCCGAGCGCCGAACCCCGGCGGCGGAGAGCGAGCAGCGGCGGCGCCAUGGCCAAGAGCACGGCGAUCGGCAUCGACCUGGGCACCACCUACUCGUGCGUGGGCGUGUUCCAGCACGGCAAGGUGGAGAUCAUCGCCAACGACCAGGGCAACCGCACGACCCCCAGCUACGUGGCCUUCACCGACACCGAGCGGCUGAUCGGAGACGCCGCCAAGAACCAGGUGGCGCUGAACCCGCAGAACACCGUGUUCGACGCGAAGCGGCUGAUCGGCCGCAAGUUCGGCGACGCGGUGGUGCAGGCGGACAUGAAGCACUGGCCCUUCCAGGUGGUGAACGACGGCGACAAGCCCAAGGUGCAGGUGAGCUACAAGGGCGAGACGCGGGCCUUCUACCCCGAGGAGAUCUCGUCCAUGGUGCUGACGAAGAUGAAGGAGGUCGCCGAGGCGUACCUGGGCCACCCGGUGACCAACGCGGUGAUCACGGUGCCCGCCUACUUCAACGACUCGCAGCGGCAGGCCACCAAGGACGCGGGCGUGAUCGCGGGUCUGAACGUGCUGCGGAUCAUCAACGAGCCCACGGCGGCCGCCAUCGCCUACGGGCUGGACCGCUCGGGCAAGGGCGAGCGCAACGUGCUCAUCUUCGACCUGGGGGGCGGCACGUUCGACGUGUCCAUCCUGACGAUCGACGACGGCAUCUUCGAGGUGAAGGCCACGGCGGGGGACACCCACCUGGGCGGCGAGGACUUCGACAACCGGCUGGUGAGCCACUUCGUGGAGGAGUUCAAGAGGAAGCACAAGAAGGACAUCAGCCAGAACAAGCGCGCGGUGCGGCGGCUGCGCACGGCCUGCGAGCGCGCCAAGAGGACCCUGUCGUCCAGCACCCAGGCCAACCUGGAGAUCGACUCCCUGUUCGAGGGCAUCGACUUCUACACGUCCAUCACGCGGGCGCGGUUCGAGGAGCUGUGUGCAGACCUAUUCAGAGGCACCCUGGAGCCCGUGGAGAAGUCCCUUCGGGACGCCAAGAUGGACAAGGCUAAAAUCCAUGACAUUGUCCUGGUGGGCGGCUCCACGCGCAUCCCCAAGGUGCAGAAGCUGCUGCAGGACUUCUUCAACGGGCGCGACCUCAACAAGAGCAUCAACCCGGACGAGGCGGUGGCCUACGGGGCGGCGGUGCAGGCGGCCAUCCUGAUGGGGGACAAGUCUGAGAACGUGCAGGACCUGCUGCUGCUGGACGUGGCGCCGCUGUCGCUGGGUCUGGAGACGGCGGGCGGCGUGAUGACGGCGCUCAUCAAGCGCAACUCCACCAUCCCCACCAAGCAGACGCAGACCUUCACCACCUACUCGGACAACCAGCCCGGCGUGCUGAUCCAGGUGUACGAGGGCGAGCGGGCCAUGACGCGCGACAACAACCUGCUGGGCCGCUUCGAGCUCAGCGGCAUCCCGCCGGCGCCCAGGGGCGUGCCCCAGAUCGAGGUGACCUUCGACAUCGAUGCCAACGGCAUCCUGAACGUCACGGCCACCGACAAGAGCACCGGCAAGGCCAACAAGAUCACCAUCACCAACGACAAGGGCCGGCUGAGCAAGGAGGAGAUCGAGCGCAUGGUGCAGGAGGCCGAGAGGUACAAGGCCGAGGACGAGGUGCAGCGCGAGAGGGUGGCGGCCAAGAACGCGCUCGAGUCCUACGCCUUCAACAUGAAGAGCGCCGUGGAGGACGAGGGCCUCAAGGGCAAGAUCAGCGAGGCCGACAGGAAGAAGGUGCUGGACGGGUGUCAGGAGGUCAUCUCCUGGCUGGACGCCAACACGCUGGCCGACAAGGAGGAGUUCGUGCACAAGCGGCAGGAGCUGGAGAGGGUGUGCGGCCCCAUCGUCAGCGGGCUCUACCAGGGUGCGGGUGCUCCCGGGGCGGGCGGCUUCGGGGCCCAGGCGCCCAAGGGAGGCUCCGGGUCGGGACCCACCAUCGAGGAGGUGGAUUAGAGCGAGAGGCCCUGCUUGCUCUCCCGGUGUCCCCUCGGACACAGACUGGUGGCACUUGAGGACUGCCUUUGCACUGGUUGCCGUCAGGGUUAGUUAGCCCUUCACCCCCAGUUCCUGCUAAAGUUACAGCCUUUUGUAAGGUAAUUAAGUUGACUGUUAAAUUUUCUAUGUUUAUAUUCUUUAUACUCACGUUAACAUUGCCAGCUUAUCUGUGUCAGUAUUUUAUUCUUAACAGAGCAAGGGGCCUUUGUUCUUGAACUAAAGAUGUGUGCAAUUUAAAGGAUUCUUUAGGGUUGUGUUCCACUGGCCGGGAAGGACUUGGUCCUGCUGCUCAGGGACCCAAGAGAACCUCAGAGUCUGGUGCCUGUAUCGAGCAGCUGGAGUUGUUAAUGAGGUUCCUUGUCACUGCAGUCGUCUCUGAGACAGACUGGCUCUCAAACACUUCUUUGCACUGUGUAUCACCUAGCUUUAGUCUCCUGUACUAAAUCUGUAACACCUGCUUGUCCUCGUUACCUGUAGUUUUAUGGUAUGACCCAUAUGUUCCUUGCAUUUAAUCUAAAAGUUCUGUAGAGAUGGCAAUUUCUUGCCACCAGACAGAUCAACACUGCCACCCUGUGGAGAUUGUUUUCUUUGCAACACUACAAAGUUAGGAAAAAAAACUUUUAUAACCUAAAUAUUCACAAUAAACUGUUACAAGUA